AUGGACAUUUGAAGUAACCCAAACAUGGCGGAGACGGACGAGCCGGAGAAGAAAAGAAGCAGAGUAGUGGAGCUGACUGAGAAGAUGGUGGUGGAUGGAGGCUCCUGUGAGUGGGAGGGCCGGUGGAACCACAUCAAAAAGUUUCUGGAAAGGUCGGGUCCAUUCACACAUCCUGACUUUGAACCCAGCACAGAGUCCUUGCACUUCAUGUUGGAAACCUGCAAAAUCCUGGUCAUUGGUGCUGGUGGUCUGGGAUGUGAGCUGCUGAAAGACUUGGCAUUAUCCGGCUUUCGCCACAUUCAUGUUGUUGACAUGGACACCAUUGAUGUAUCUAACCUGAAUCGGCAGUUCCUCUUCAGGCCAAAAGAUGUAGGUCGGCCCAAGGCGAAUGUUGCAGCUGAUUUUAUCAACAGCCGUAUACCUGGAUGCUGUGUAGUCCCACAUUUUAAGAAAAUUCAAGACUUGGAUGAAACAUUCUACAGACAAUUCCAUAUAAUAGUCUGUGGGCUUGACUCUGUAAUUGCCAGGAGGUGGAUGAAUGGUAUGCUGCUAUCAUUGCUGGUGUAUGAAGAUGGCGUCUUGGACCCGGGGUCUAUUAUUCCUCUAAUUGAUGGAGGGACUGAAGGCUUCAAAGGCAAUGCUAGAGUCAUUCUUCCCGGCAUGACAGCCUGCAUUGACUGCACCCUUGAGCUGUAUCCUCCCCAGAUCAACUUCCCCAUGUGUACAAUUGCCUCAAUGCCUCGAUUGCCAGAACAUUGCAUUGAAUACGCACGAAUGCUGCAGUGGCCCAAAGAGAAACCGUUUGGAGAUGGCGUUGCCCUGGAUGGAGACGACCCAGAGCACAUUCAGUGGGUGUACCAGAGAUCUCUGGAGAGGGCAGCAGAGUUUAGCAUAACAGGAGUCACGUAUAGACUAACACAAGGUGUUGUUAAGAGGAUAAUCCCAGCUGUAGCGUCUACAAAUGCCGUCAUUGCAGCUGCUUGUGCAACAGAGGUUUUCAAAAUAGCAUCAAGUGCCUACAUACCUCUCAAUAACUACAUGGUGUUCAAUGACGUCGACGGCCUGUACACCUACACCUUUGAAGCAGAGCGGAAGGAAAACUGUUCAGCCUGCAGCCAAGUACCUCUGGACUUGCAGUUUUCUCCAUCAUCCAAACUCCAGGAAGUGUUGAACUACUUAACUGAGAGUGCCUCUCUACAAAUGAAAUCACCUGCUCUAACAGCGACGGUGGAGGGAAAGAACAAAACUUUAUAUUUACAGUCAGUGGCUUCAAUUGAACAGAGGACACGGGCAAAUCUAUCCAAAUCCCUGACGGAGCUGGGGCUGACUGAUGGACAAGAGCUGGCUGUAGCUGAUGUCACCACACCCCAAACCAUGCUGUUCAGGCUCUGCUUUACCUCAUAAGAGAAACUCCGAAGCACUCCCAUCCAAAAAACUAGAAAUGUUUACAGUGUAUUCAGUCACCAUGUCAAUGGUUAGAAAACUAAUAUUACUGGUUAAUGUACUCAUUGAAUGAAGUGGAUGUUUUGCACUGAAAUGCCAAAUCAUAGUGCACACCUUGUCAUGCUUUGGUAAUACGUCAUUUGCAAAUGUUAAGGAUUUCUGCAUCAAUGCGUUACUUUCAUUAAGUGUGUUCUGUUGACACAGACAAGCGAGAUGAUCCUGUACUCUUUGAGGGUUUGAAUAUUUAUUUAUUUCAACAUAGAUUUUAAGAUGUUCUAGCCACAUAAGUGGUAGUCAACUGACACUGAUGAUGAUGUAUGAACUGGAAUAAAAAAAUUUUCUUACAAA